AUGUCUGCAUAUAUAAUAGAUUUAUCAAUUUCAGGUUUUUCAUUAUCUAUCUAUCUAUCUAUCUAUCUCUGGUUUUUCAUUUUCUUUCUUUCUUUCUUUCUUUCUUUCUUUCUUUCUUUCUAUCUAUCUAUCUAUCUAUCUAUCUCUGGCUGUUCAUUUUCUUUCUUUCUUUUUCAUUCCUUCGUUUUAAACUAUUUUCUUUCUUUCUUUCUUUCUUUCUUUCUUUCUUUCUUUCUUUCUUUCUUUCUUUUUAUUGUACUUUUCCAUUCCCAUUCAUUUCGUUCUUCCCUUCUUUAUCUCUAUCUAUCUAUCUAUCUAUCUAUCUAUCUAUCUAUCUAUCUAUCUAUCUAUCUCUGGUUAUUCAUUUUCUAUCUAUCUAUCUAUCUAUCUAUCUAUCUAUCUAUCUAUCUAUCUAUCUAUCUAUCUAUGGCUGUUCAUUUUCUUUCUUUCUUUCUUUAUUUUUCAUUCCUUCGUUUUAAACUAUUUUCUUUCUUUCUUUCUUUCUUUCUUUCUUUCUUUCUUUCUCUUUAUUGUACUUUUCUAUUUCCAUUCAUUUCGUUCUUCUCUUCUUUCUCUCUGUCUCUCCUAUCUAUCUAUCUAUCUAUCUAUCUAUCUAUCUAUCUAUCUAUCUAUGGUUGUUCCUUUUCUAUCUAUCUAUCUAUCUAUCUAUCUAUCUAUCUAUCUAUCUAUCUAUCUAUCUAUCUGUGA